CACCCUCGCCCACCCCGCGCCUCGCGCUCCUUCCCCGCGGCCGCCCAGGACGGGGCUCUAAGAUGGCGGCGGCUCCCGCUGCCGCCGGCGGGCAGGCAAUAGAAAACCAGCUGAAGAUCUGCGGCUUUAAGAGCAAUGGGGAUGUUGUAGGAUUGUAUCUGGCUAGACAAGGACUAAGAAGUAUCCCAAGUCUCUCACAGUUUAAUAGGUUAAAGUAUUUGUGGCUUAACAACAAUAAGAUACAAGAUUUAAAUUUCUUGAUCAAAAACUAUUGCUUGACUGAACUCUACCUCAACAAUAAUGAACUGACAGAUAUAUCAGGUGCUUUGAAACACUUAUGUUCGUUACAGAUUCUGUUUCUUCACAACAACGAGUUAAAGAAACUUGGCAAAACAGUGAAGGAAUUGAAAGGAAUGAUAAGCUUGCAUACUCUAAACCUAUUCCAAAACCCUCUGGCAUAUGAUCCAGACUACCGGCUUUAUGUCAUAUACAUCCUUCCUUCAGUUCAGCUCCUUGACAGGAAGUUAGUUACACAAAGAGAAAGGGAAUCAGCAUUUCAUCUUUAUAACCCUGAAAGGUCUCUGCUCGUGCAGUCUAUAGCUUUUGGGAAGAGAGUAAAGACACCCCUGGGGACUCCAGUGGGAUCCAGAAGAUGCAUUCACCCAGCCAGAAGACUGAUAAUGCCCUCAGGUUGUGAAUUUGGAGAUAACACAAAUAAAGUACCAUUUGAGAACCUCGAAGAUGCGGUUUUAGUACGGGCCAUGACAAGAUCUCUAACAGAAUUUUCCUCUGUGGACUGGAACAAGGUCGCUACCUGUCAAGAAAGACGUCUUCAAAAUAAAGCAGAAGAACCCCUCGAGAAGCUGACAGUCCAAUUUAGAUGAGUCCUUUCUUCCUUAAGAAAAAAACAAGUCCUCUCUCUAGUGUGGAGCCCCAGAAGUAACAAGUUCAUGACAACAUGCAUCAAAUUAAAUGAAUUUCCAGAAAAAAACUGUGUAAUACAAUGAUGAAUUAACAUAACAAAUGAUAAACGUCAAUGAUACAAUAAAAGUGGCUUGAAAUGCAAUUCUUACCAUACUUUUGUUAUCAGAAAGUGCUAAAGCUAAACUGCAUGCUAAUUUUUAAGAAACUAAGGAGAAAUACUUUCAUUGCUUAUAGUUUCUGCUUAUUGUGUUCUCUAACAGU